AUGGGCAACAGCAACUGGGCAGAUGUAUUCCCGUCUUGUAGAAGUCACUAUCUUCGGUACGAAGGCUCUGAUCACAGGCCCCUUCUCUCGGUCUUGGAUCCUACAAGAAGAAAAGGAAACCGUAUCUUCAGAUUUGAUAGGAGACUAAGAGACAAUACAGAGGUCAAAACGAUCAUAUCUGAUAUUUGGGGGCAGUUCUCCCACCUAGACGUUGAAACUAGACUAUCUAUGUGCCAUAGAGCUAUUAUCAGAUGGUGCAGGAAGUUCCAAGAAAACAGCAGGAAAACUGUGGAGACGCUAAAGGAACAACUCGAUACUGCUAUGUCAUCAACUAACUCAAACGAUCCGCUCCUCUAUGAGCUAAAUGGAAAGCUGCUGAAAGCAUAUAAGGAGGAGGAGGAGUUUUGGAAACAACGAAGUCGACAACUAUGGCUUGCCCUAGGGGACUCUAACACGGGGUAUUUUCAUGCAGUUACUAAGGGGCGAUUUGUUUACCUCAGUUCCUUCAGAGAAAAGCCACAUCGUGCAGAGAGCCCUUCAAGAACGUGUAUCCCCUUUGAUGAACCAGGACUGAUAAAGGAUCCCUCAGCAGAGGAGAUCAGAGCAGCCCUUUUCGAAAUCCACCCCGACAAGGCGCCUGGCCCGGAUGGCUUUUCGGCGAGUUUCUUCCAAGCAUACUGGGACGUAGUCGGAGCUGAGGUCUUGACAAGCUUAUGCAAAGAAGCGGAAGCUAACGGCACCCUCCAGGGUAUCAGAGUGGCCAGAGGAAGCCCAAGAGUCAGUCACCUCCUCUUCGCAGACGACACCAUGUUCUUCUGCCAAUCAAGUCCAGAAAGCUGCUCCACAUUAGCCCUAAUCCUCAGCGAAUAUGAACAGGCAUCGGGUCAUAAAAUCAACACAGCCAAGUCAUCGAUUACUUUCUCCAAGAAGACAUCUCAAGAUAAAAGAACAACAGCAAAGAAUAUACUUGGGAUUAGUAAAGAAGGAGGAAACGGCAAGUACCUAGGCCUUCCCGAGCAUUUUGAGCGCAGGAAGAAAGACCUCUUCACAGCUAUCAUAGACAGGAUCAUGCAAAGAGCGUCAAGCCUAGCCUCCAGACGACUCUCUAAGGCGGGUAAAAUGACAAUGUUAAAGUCCAUCCUGCAAGCAAUACCAACAUACAGCAUGUCUUGUUUUCUCCUACCAGCAAGCCUGUGCAAACGGAUACAAUCAGUUCUCACCCGCUUUUGGUGGGACAAAGACGAUCAGAUUCGUAAAAUGAGUUGGGUGGCUUGGAGCAAACUAACAAAUCAGAAAGCGGAGGGAGGACUAGGAUUCAGAGAAAUCCAAGACUUCAACCUAGUCCUCCUUGCAAAGAUUUCAUGGAGAAUACUAAAUAAUCCAGGGUGUCUGUUGGCAAGAGUUCUUACCGGCAAAUACUGCAGAAACAACAGCUUCCUGGAAACUCCUAUAGCUCCUUCGUGCUCCCACGGAUGGAGAGGAAUCCUACUUGGUAGAGACCUCCUCAAGCAAAACCUGGGAAAAGCCAUCGGUAAUGGACGAUCAACAAAGGUAUGGAAGGACUCAUGGGUCUCAUUAAUUCAGAGAACCAUACCGUGUGGACCGAUCACUGAAGAUGAGAGCGACCUGAGAGUGUCUGACUUGCUCACUUCGGAACUUCGCUGGAACAAGCAGCGUAUUGAGGAAAUCCUCCCUGAUCUAGCCCUAUGA